GGAAGGUGGAAAUGGUGCUAAAGUCUGCCAGCUGCACGCUGCCGGUCCUAAACAGGACCCACCUGGGCCCGCAGGUGCCCGUCUGCCGCCUCUGCGGCCCCUUCCGGGGCACAGGUCGCUCCAGACGUGAUGGCCUGGCUGUGGCUGCCCUUUGUCCUGCUUCCUGCCCUCAUGGUAUCUGUGGCAGCCAACGUGGCUCCGAAAUUCGAGUCCAACAUGUCAUCCGUGUUCUUGCCUGAGGACCUGUCAGUGGGUGCUGAAGCCUUCUGGUUGAUAGCAAAGGACGAUGACCAGGACCCUCUGACUUAUGGGAUCAGCGGCUCCUAUGCCUACUUCUUCACUGUGAUGUCAACCACUGGAGAGGUGAAGCUGGCCAGCCCUCUGGACUUUGAGACACUGUACCAGUUUAGCAUCACCAUCUCCGUGAGUGACGGCCACAACAGCCCGGUGCAGAGGGAGAUGCGAGUGAUCGUGGAUGACAGAAAUGACAAUGCGCCCGUUUUCCAGAACACUGGAUUCUCCACCAGCAUCAGUGAGACGCUGCCAGUCGGCUCCCUGGUGUUCACCGUGCUGGCCGAGGACAAAGACACGGGGUCGGCGGGGGCCGUGGUGUACUCCAUAGAGAAGGUCAUCCCUAGCACUGAUGACAGCCAGCACCUCUUCAGGAUCCUGGACAACGGCUCCAUCAUACUCAACGGCAGCCUCAGUUACAACAACAAGAGUGCCUUCUACCAGCUGGAGCUGGAGGCGUGUGACUCGGGCGGCUUGUUCAACAACAGCCACACCAUCCAGUGCUCCUCGCCUGUCUUCCUAUCUGUCACGAUCAUCGACGAGCCUGACCUGGACCCGCAGUUCAUCAGGGAGUUUUACUCGGCCUCUGUGGCUGAGGACGCAGCCCAGGGGACUUCGGUGCUGACGGUGGAGGCCGUGGACAGCGACAAGGGCAUCAAUGAUCCUGUGACCUACAGCAUCUCCAGUUCCACAAGGCCUGGCUGGUUUGACAUUGGGGCAGACGGGGUCAUCAGGGUCCAUGGCUCCCUGGACCGGGAGCAGCUGCUGGACGAGGAUGAGGAGGUGCAGCUGGAGGUCACGGCCACUGAGACGAACCCCAACAUCUAUGGGCAGCAGGCCAAGGUGAGCACUUGGGUCACCCUGGUGGUGACAGAUGUCAAUGACCACACUCCUGAGUUUUACAACUGCAGCCUCCCAGCCUGCACCUUCAGUCCCCAAGAAGUCCAAGUCAACUUCGUGGGUUACGUGGAUGAGCACGCUUCCACCCGCAUCCCCGUCGACAGCCUCACCAUGGUGGCCUAUGACCCAGACAAGGGCAACAACGGCACUUUCCUGCUCACGCUGAGGGGCCUAGACGCCGAAGCCUUCAGCGUCUCCCCGGAGCGGGCAGCGGGCUCGGCUGAUGUGCAGGUGCUGGUGCGUGCAUCGCAGCUGGUGGACUACGAGACAAAGACGGUGAUGCUGGUGCAGGUCGUGGCCACUGACUCCGUGAGCCAGAACUCCUCCGUGGCGAUGGUGACCAUCCACAUUAGGGAUGUAAAUGACCACAGGCCCUCGUUCCCCCAGAGCUUGUACGUCCUCAGCGUGCCGGAGCACAGUGCCACUGGCUUUGUGGUUACUAACAGCAUCCACGCCACGGACCCCGACACGGGCGAGUGGGGCCACAUCACCUACAGCCUGCUCCCGGGAAACGGGGCAGACCUCUUUGCAGUGGACCCAGACUCGGGGACUGUGACGGUGAGGGAUGGAGAGCUGCUGGACCGGGAGACGCAGGCUGUGUACUACCUGACGCUGCAGGCGGCGGACGGCGGCAACCUGUCGGCCUCCGCCUCGCUACAGAUCCACCUGCUGGACAUCAAUGACAACACCCCGGAAGUCAGCGGCUCCUACAACAUCUUCGUGCAGGAGGAGGGGGGCGAGGUCUCCGUGACUAUCCAGGCCCAGGACAAAGAUGAGCCCGGCACCAGCAACAGCCGCCUGCUCUACAGCCUGCUGCCCAGCCCCCACAGCCACAACUUCUCCGUGAACCCUGAUACAGGGCUCCUCACGAAUCUGGGGCCCCUGGACCGAGAGGCCAUUGAGCCUGCCCUGGAGGGCCGCAUUGUGCUGACCGUGCAGGUGGCUGACUACGGCGUGCCCAGUCGCAGCACCGAGGUCAACGUCACGAUCACUGUGGAGGACAUCAACGACAACCUGCCUGUCUUCAACCAGUCCAGCUACACGUUCUUCGUCAAGGAGAGGGAUCCAGGUGUGCUGGUGGGAGUGGUGGAGGCCUGGGACGCGGACCAGACAGAAGUCAACAACCGUAUCAGCUUCAGCCUGUCGGGGAGCAGCGUGAACAGGUUCAUUCUGCAAGGCUCCGUGCUGGGGCCUGGGCGUGCCGAGGGCCGCCUCUGGCUGCCGCUGGACGAGAGCCUGGACUACGAGAGCCAGCCCUUCUUCUAUCUGACUGUGAGCGCUGAGAACCCGGGCCCUCAGGACCAGGAGGCCACGGCGGAAAUCAACGUGACAGUGGUGGACGUGAAUGACGAACCACCCACCCUGGUCGCAGCCUCGCUCCAGGGCAUCCGUGUGGCCGAGAACGGCUCCCAGCACGGCCAGGUGGCCGAGGUGCGGGCCCAGGAUGUGGACUCCACGGCCCUGCUGCAGAUAAAGCUCCUAAACACCAUCUGUGCCAAGGCCGGCGUCGCCGUGGGCAGCCUGUGCCAUGACUGCUGGUUCUCUGUGAUGCCCAACGGCUCCGUGUACAUCAACCAGAGCGAGGCCAUUGACUACGAGGUCUGUGACCUGGUCACGCUGGUGGUGCAGGCCUGUGACCUCCUCACGGAUCCUGGCUUUCCGGCCUGCAGCGACAAUGGAAGCCUCCCCAUAACGAUUGAGGAUGUGAAUGACAACACACCUUAUUUUGUGCUUGGCAACAAGACUUUUGUCAUCAUCCCAGAACUGGUGUUAAUUGGCCAGCAGGUGGCGACUGUCCAGGCCAGAGACGAUGACUCAGGGGCCAAUGCGGUCAUCGAGUUCAGCAUCCUGCAAGUGGAUUUCGUCUCUAAGGAUGGGACCACAUUGCCUUUGCAAAACGUCUUUGAGAUCCCCACCUCGGCCGAGGGCACCGUGUUUACUGGCAGCAUUGAGCUACUGAUCAACCUUGACUCCACUCUGCAAGGGACCUACCAGGUGACCGUGCAGGCCCAGGAUAAACCUUCCGUGGGGUCUGCCCGUGAAGCCCAAGUCACCCUGAAUCUCUUCACCGUGGACCAGAGUUACCGCGUGAGGCUACAGUUCUCCCCACAGAAGGAGGAGGUGGGCGCCAACAUGGAGGCCAUUAAGGCGGCUCUCGGCCAAGCGACCAGGACCACCGUCUACGUUGUGAACGUUCAGAACCUCGACUCCGCAGCCAGGUCCCGAGCCCACUCCUACAUGGAUGCCUACUUUGUCUUCCCCAAUGGGUCAGCCCUGACGCUGAACGACCUGAGUGUGAUGAUUCGGAACGAUGAGGACGCGCUGACACAGCUGCUGCAGCUGGGGCUGGUGGUGCUGGGCUCCCAGCAGAGCCAGGAGUCAGACCAGACGAAACAGCUCAUCAGCGUCAUCAUAGGACUGGGAGUGGCCUUGGCACUCGCCAUAGUGAUCGCAGCCACUGUCCUCGUGUGUGUACGGAAGAGCCACCGCCGGAAGCUUCAGGCUAUGAAGGCUGCCAAGGAGGCCCGGCAGACGGCAGCAGGGGUGAUGCCCUCGGUCGCCGCCAUCCCCGGCACGAACAUGUACAAUACUGAGCGGGCCAACCCCAUGCUGAACCUACCCACCGGGGACCUGGGCUUGGAGUACCUCUCCUCCAAUGAUCAGGAUCGCAUCAGCCUCAACUCCCUGGAUGACAACUCUGUGGACCUGGACAAGAACAGUAAAGGAAUCAAGG